AUGUCCUCUGUCGUCGCGCUCGUUUUCGCAUACAUAGCUCUUAUAUGGGCUGUAGGCAUCUUCUUCGUCCAAGUUAUUGGCCUCAGCCGACUGCUCCGUUUCUUCACCUCCCCGCCGCCGCACCCCCCUGUGUCUCCAACUUUGACCCACGAGCGCGUGCCCCAUGUAACCAUCAUCCGCCCCGUUAAGGGUUUGGAACCCGAGCUAUACGAGUGCAUCGCCUCGACCUUUCGGCAGGAUUACCCCACAGACAAGCUCACCAUAUAUCUCUGCGUUGCCGAGACGCAGGACCCCGCUUAUCCCGUCCUGACGAAGAUCGUCAAGGACUUCCCGCAUUUCGAUGCUUGCGUGUUCGUCGAGGCCGACGAUCCUCUGUUGCACGGCGAAGAUGGGCAUAUCAACAACCUGGGGCCGAACCCCAAGAUUCGGAACAUUAGCCGCGCCUACCGUGAGGCAAAGGGAGACAUAAUAUGGAUUAUAGAUUGCAAUGUGUGGAUCCCUCGGGACACGACCGGUCACAUGGUUGACAAGCUGGUUGGGCUUGGGCCUGACGGACAAGCGGUUAAACCGUACAAGUUUGUCCAUCAGAUUCCCUUGGUGGUCGACAUCACGCCAGAGCUUCAAGGGCGAAACACCACCGAUGCGCAAAGCCUACUUUCCUCUUCCUCCGACGGGGACGCCUCCACGUCGUCUGCGGCGCCCCUCGCGAAGACGCCAUCUACCAAGAGCCGAUCGCUCAUCCAGCGGUUACUCGAGCACGGCGGUGGACGACUAGACGAGAUGUUCAUGUCGACGACUCACGCAAAGUUUUACAGCGCCAUCAACACCGUUGGCGUCGCACCUUGCAUAGUGGGCAAGAGCAAUAUGUUCCGGAAGUCGCAUCUUGAUAUGCUCACUGAUCCAGCCCAAAACCCGAAUCUGCCUAAUGACCGCGAGCACCCUACUGGGAUCGACUAUUUCUCAUCCUACAUUUGCGAAGAUCAUCUCAUUGGCGACCUCCUUUGGCGAUCCAAGAUUCCCGGCUUCGCCAACCAUGGAUUCGUCCUCGGAGACUUCGCCAUCCAGCCCAUGGAUCGCAUGUCUGUUGCGGCUUAUAUCGCACGCCGAGUUCGAUGGCUACGCGCCAGGAAGUGGACGGUCCUUGCCGCCACCCUUGUGGAGCCAGGUGUAGAAUCGCUCCUGUGCUGCGCGUACCUCUCCUUUGCGCUCACCACGGUCCCAUGGUUCAACAUCAACCUCGGCAUACGUAGCACAUGGAGCGCCAUGUUCAUCUCCUGGAUUUGCGGAGUUUCCGUUUGGAUGAUUGUGGACUGGUAUCUGUUCAACAGACUCCACACGGGAGGAACUGUCGCUGUUGAUCAGGACACUCCCUUCUUCGCGAAGGGCACUUCUCGCGCAGGAGGUGUUCCUAAGCGCAACUUUUUGGAGUGGCUCACUGCCUGGAUCGGCAGAGAAGUCCUCGCCCUGCCGAUCUGGACGUGGGCCGUACUUCUCGGCGCCACUAUAAACUGGCGCGGAAACAAUUUCCGCGUUCGCAUGGAUAUGAGUGUCGUUGAGACGGACCCAGUGCGACCCACGGCAAGAAGUCGAAGUCCGCGCACUUUGACACCAGAGAUUGAACUGGGUCAGUGUCGAAGGGGUAAGAAUCGGGUAGAUUGA